AGGGUGGGUGCAAGCAGGUACUGCAGCGCAAGCUAGGCAGCCAGGCUUUAGCAGCCCUGAUGGUACCCCUGUAGCAAGGCAAAUGUUUUCCACUCCCACCGCUGCUAAUAAUGACACCUUGGCACAAUUGCGUGACCUUUUGGGGGAGUUGGGAACCCACAUCGGUGACACUGUUGUUAGCCGCAUAUUAGCCAACCAAACACCUCCCCCCACACUUAGUUGCCCACACCCCAUGACCCCACCCCCGCUCGAGCCCAUACCUUCCCCAGCUGAUUUGUCUCGACUGAACAUUAUGGUAAAUGCAGCUGUCAAGGAACCGGUGAUGUAUAGGGGGGAUGGCUCAGACAAAUACACCGUACAAGAGUGGAUAGAUAUGAUGGACGCUUACCUGCAUAAAAAGAAUUGUCCGACUACAGAGCAGGCGGGUGAAAUCCUCAGUCAUCUUUUGGGACGAGCUAAGAGUAUCGUUAAGGUGGGGCUGAAGAGUAGUGGUGAUAUAAACACACACCCUGAAGUGGUAUACGAUAUACUCAGAAGAUACUUCAGUGACUCUCCCAUGUCUGGCCUACCGAUGGCUGAUUUCUAUUCUACACAGCCUGACGCAAAUGAGAACCCAGUUGAUUACUGGGUUCGGCUCAAUACAGCAGCCGAGCACGCUGACCAGCAUCUGCGGAAAAGUGGAGAAAAGAUGGAGAACAUGUCAGCGCAAAUUGCUAUGAUGUUCAUCAGGAAUUGCCCCAACCCCGAACUCUCCAGUGUGUUCCGAUGUAAGCCUAUCAGCAAAUGGUCAGCCGUGGAGGUGCAAGAAGCUAUCGAUGAGCACCAGAGAGAGCAUCAGGCAAGGAAGAGGGCCAUGAGAGCAGAAAAGUUCAAAAUGGUGACAGCAGCUACCACUACCUGUCAACCUGUGGUUGAGGAGCUGACUGCAAUGAGGGUGGGCGUUCAAGAACCAUCUACACAGACAAAGGUGAGUGCAGUCACCACUUCAGAAGCAGGGGCUUUAGAACGAGUACUAAGCAUGCUAGAAGGCGUUUUGGCCAGAGCAGCCUCCCCGGUCCAACAGCCGACCCAGUGGACACGCCCCACUUCUUGCCGUGUAUGUGGUGACAAAACUCACAUCACACGUGAACACUGCAUGAAAGACAAGAGGUGCUUUGGGUGCUUGGAACCUGGCCACACAAGGAGAGAUUGCCAACGGGCCGCUCCACGCCAAACCCAAGCAGAGAACCACACACCCAACCAGGGAAACUGAGUCGCUCACACUGUGGAGGGCAAAGUGUGAGUACGUCAUGUCAGACCCUCAAAACUGAAGAAGACAUACAUGCAAUAUAUGAGAAGAGCUGCAAGACUGCACCGAAUGGUAGUGUCAUGAUUUUCCAGAAUAUACACAAACUUGAGAAGGCAGAUGAUUUAUUCUACACUGAUGUGCUGGUGAAUGACCAAGUUGCACUGUAUGCCAUGCUAGACACUGGUUCAAUGGCUUGUACGAUGAGUGAAGAAGCAGAAGAGGAGCUCCACAAGGCAGGGUUGCUGUCAGAGGGUGCCCAGUCCAUCAAAGACAUUUUUCUGGUGGGUUGUGGUGGUGUGCAUGUGCAACCCAAGUGCAUUCACCAGUUAAAGUUGAAAAUCUACGGACAAGAAGCAAUCGUGCCCACAUUAGUUGUGCCAGGCCAGCGUGACCAAAUGAUAGUAGGUACCAAUUUGCUGAAACACUUGCUACGCCAAUUCAAACAAGAUCCCAGCUAUUGGCGCGUGAUGAGUAAAGCUGACUCUACUGGUGAACCAGGCAUCGAACAGUUUUUGAGCAUGCUCUCGGGCAUAACAAGAUGGAAAGGUGACAUUAUCCCAGACGUCAUUGGAACUGUGAAGCUUACUAAUGCUGUGACACUGGUACCAAAACAGGAGCACAUAGUGUGGGGAAAACUUCCUGGAAAGGCUCCUAUCUCCGAGGGAAGUACCAUACUGGUGGAACCGGCAAAAUCCCACUCCAACCGGAAGAGCAUCAUGGUAGGAAGAACUGUGGCAGCAAUGAGCGGAGACAGGUGGGUUCCUGUGAAGGUCGUGAACCCAAGUGAUAAACCUGUAACACUGAGGAGGAACAUGAAGUUAGCUGAUGUUUCACCAUGCGUGGCACUUGAAGACUUUGAGCUUGGAGUGGACUGUGUCGCCAACACAGAGCUAAAAGCACAAGGCCAAAGCGUAAGGGCAGACCCUGACCAUGUGCCUGACACCUCUGUAAAUUUCACCCUUCAGGAUAAGCUUGCUAAUCUUGGGUUGGACGACAUAGACAUCCACUCAUGUGAAGUGUCCCCUUAUUGGAAGAGUCAACUUGUGGAACUCAUACAGAGGCAUGAUGAUGUGUUCUCCAAGAACAAGCUGGAUUGUGGCCUAGCCAAAGACUUCGUCCACAGGAUCCAUCUGACCGAUGAGCGCCCUUUUCGACUAGCAUACCGCCGUGUCCCACCAAGCCAAUACCAGAAACUAAGAGAGGUCCUUUCUGAGAUGGAGGAGAAGAACAUCAUACGCAAGUCAUCAAGUGAGUGGGCCUCGCCAUUAGUACUGGUUUGGAAAAAGAAUGGGGAACUGCGCAUCUGUGUGGACUACAGGUGGCUUAAUGCACGCACUGUGAAAGAUGCCCAUCCAGUACCUCACCAAGCCGACUGCUUGGCUGCGCUAGGGGGAAAUGCCAUAUUCAGCGCCAUGGACUUGACAUCGGGGUUCUACAAUGUCCCCAUGCACGAACAGGACAAGAAGUUCACUGCCUUCACUACACCAGUAGGCCUCCAUGAAUUCAACCGACUACCCCAAGGCCUGUGUAACAGCCCGGCAAGUUUCAUGCGCCUUAUGAUGAGUGUCUUCGGAGACCAAAACUUCUUGACCCUGCUGUGCUACCUCGACGAUGUUUUGGUUUUUGCCCCAAACGAAGAGCAAGCCCUCAAAAGACUCGAAAUGGUCUUUAAGCGGUUGAAAGGACAUGGGCUUAAGUUGGCCCCGAAGAAGUGUCAUUUCCUCCGGCGAAGUGUCAAGUUCUUGGGCCAUAUCAUUGAUGAGAAUGGGGUUUCGACUGACUCUGAAAAGAUACAAGUCAUCACAGACAUGAGCGAAGCGGACUUGAUGAUGGAAGAUGGAAUCACACCUUCAGCAAAAAAGAUUAAGUCUUUUCUUGGUAUGGUAAUGUAUUACCAGAGAUUCAUACAAAACUGUUCCAGUAAGGCGAAGCCCUUGUUCUCUCUGACCGCCGCUGCGACUGGAAAAGCCAACGCAAAACGGGCUUCUCACUUUAAAAAGCUCAGCCCAGGUGAUUGGGCUCAAGAACAGAGUGACGCAUUCAACCAACUAAAGGCUGCUCUGUUGAACUCAGUUGUGUUGGCCCAUCCGGACUUUGGUCGCCCUUUCAUCCUCUCAACCGACGCUUCAUUAGACGGAUUGGGCGCUGUCCUCUCUCAAGUCCCUGAAGGAGGGAGCAAAGCACGUCCCAUCGCCUUUGCAAGCAAAGCCCUGAGUCGCUCACAAACCAAGUAUCCAGCCCAUCGUUUGGAGUUCCUCGCUCUCAAGUGGUCAGUGUGUGACAAAUUCAGCCAUUGGCUGAAGGGAAACUCCUUUACUGUUUGGACUGAUAAUAACCCGCUGACCUACAUCCUCACAAAGCCAAAGUUGGAUGCUUGUGAACAGCGGUGGGUGUCGAAGUUGGCUCCAUACGACUUCAGUAUCCAAUAUAUCCCAGGCAGUAAGAACAUCGUUGCAGAUGCCUUGAGCAGGCAACCCUUCAUCAAGCCACGGGUCAGCGAGAGACUUAUAGCAGAGCCAUAUAAAGCUCUCCUCGAGGAAGCGCAACAUAUCCGGGAUGACAGGAUACAGGAUGUGUUUCGGCUGAGCACCAACUGCCAAGAGGUAAAACUGGGCGGAUAUGAAGUGGCAUGCAGUUCAAUGAGCAGUGAAGAAGUGACGGCAGUCCUGGAUGGUCAGAUUGGGUGGGGUGAGGGACCCAAAGGGAGAGUGAUCUCCUGGCUGGCAAAUGAUGUACACAAGGUUGUUCCACCUGGGGAAAGUGUCUUACCUGUCUUCUCCCUUAAAGAACUUCAAGACAAGCAACAGGAAGAUACUAUACUGGCAAGAGUCAUCCACUAUGUGGCACGUGGCAGAAGGCCAUCAAGAAGAGAAAGAGUUAAAGAGCCUCUCAAAGUCCAGAAGACUCUAAAGCAGUGGGAAAAGCUCAAGAUGUUGGAUGGCAUCCUAUAUAGAGUGAGCAAAGAUUCACUAACUGGGAGGAGGCGGUAUCAGUAUGUUGUGGCUGCAUCACUGGCCAAGCAGGCUCUGCAGGGUGUCCAUGAUGAGGCUGGGCAUCAGGGACAGCAUAGGACUCUAUACCUGGCGAGACAGAGGUUCUUCUGGAUUGACAUGGAACGAGAUGUCCGUGAAUAUGUCAAGUCGUGCAAGCGCUGUGUGGUGAGCAAGACACCAGAACCUGAAGGGAGAGCGCCUCUCGAGAGCAUCAAAACAACAAGCCCUCUCGAGAUGGUCUGCAUUGACUUUUGGUCAGCUGAAAUCCCAAAUGGAAAUACUGUGGAUGUCCUGGUCAUCACUGACCACUUCACAAAAAUGGCUCACGCUUUUCCAUGUCAUGAUCAGUCAGCAAAGCAGGUUGCUCGUCAACUCUGGGAUCGAUACUUCUGUGUCUACGGCUUUCCAGAGAGAAUUCAUUCCGACCAAGGAGCCAACUUUGAGAGCCAGUUGAUCCGAGAGUUGCUGCUGAUCUCUGGGGUAAAGAAGUCAAGGACAACGGCCUAUCACCCCAUAGGAAACGGUGUAGUUGAACGAUUCAACCGGACAUUGGGAAGCAUGAUCAGAGCUCUCCCUCCAAGAGCCAAGCAAAAAUGGCCCCAAAUGUUGCAGACAUUGACUUUCGCCUACAACUGCACCGCCCAUGAGUCGACGGGUUAUGCCCCGUUCUAUCUAAUGUACGGAAGAAUUCCCAGACUCCCAGUUGACGUAAUGUUCCACAAUGUGGAGAGGGACUGUGACAUUGUCGACUAUGAUAAAUAUGUCCUCAAACUGAGGGAAGAGUUAAAAGAGGCAUUAUCAUCUGCCCAGGCAAAUGCUGUCUCCAGUCAGCGUCAUCAGACUGAACUAUACGGAGAUGUUCUUCACAAGCAUCAGUCUCAGGUGUUCGGCUGCACAGGUGUUCUGGUGUUGUCGGACUUCCUGAUUCAAAGCCUUGUAGGAGCAGCCGUAGCCAUGAAAGGGACAGCUCACCUGAGCUUUGGGACACUCAUGUUGGUGACUGGCCAGCUGUCGGCGUGGCAAGGAGGAGAAGGAGCAGAGGUUGGGACAAGAGACGGGGAAGGCGGGACACACGGUCUCCUGAUGUUUCUGCAGGUCGGCGAGCGGCAUGUUGGCGGCACAGAAGUCGCAGGCGGCCUGUCGAUGUUUGCACCUGUAGCUCAAGUGCUCGGGGAUUUCUUUCCUCAUCAUCCUCUCCUUGCACUUGCCCAGCGGACACGGAACCUCGAAAAAUGGACACACGUUCAGGUGUUCAGGUAUCUGCUGCAGACUCAUGCACUCCUGGCAGCCUUGCUUCUCACUGCGACAGUGCACCUUCAGCGCCAUGAUCUCCCGGUGGCAACAAACAUCCCGAAAGAUCUUGUUGCUGAACAGGGGCUCCAUGUCAGCUGGGCACACCGGCUUGGGACCACUGAGGAUGUGAGCGAUGCAGCUCUGACAGAAGCGAUGUCCACAUUCGGUCUGACGAGGCUGACACAGGACCAGCCUGCAGGACUCACAGCGGUACUUCUCUUCAGGACUUUCUACAAAGUGGUCAGUGAAGCCACCAUGAAGUGGCAGGAAGGCCGCAGCCGCACCUUCUCCUCGGCGCGUCUCUGCUGGGUUCAAACCGCCGACCCGUUGCCGCUUUCUGCUGAGCCGUGGGCCUCUUCAUGUCCGCUGCGGCAACUCUCGGUCCUGUUGCGACGAGGCAGGCGGACUGGGAAACGCUUGGAAGGUUCGGGGGUACGGAGCUAUGGAGGUACGGAGGUACGGAGAUCCAGCGGCACGACUGUUCGGGUCACGCUGGAAACCCCCUCUUACAAUGGCAGGAAUGAGGGGAAGGUGGAAGUCAAUGGGGUAAAAUGCAAGGCACUCAUAGACUCUGGCUCCCAGAUUACCAGUAUUACUCACAACUACUGGCGCAACCACCCCACCCUUCGGGUACAAAGGCUGAAGCCUUCUAAAAUACCCAUAGAGGGGGCAGCCGGCCAGAAUGUGCCUUACCAUGGUGUCUUACACAUUAACCUUAAAAUGCUGGGGAGAGAGUUUGAGGCUGUGCCAGCUUUCGUGGUCCCUGAUUCUGAGUAUCGUUCCUCUGUCCCUCUGCUUGUGGGCACUAAUGUCAUUCGGGCCUCCAGGAGCCACCUCCAAGCAACCUAUGGCCAGCAGUUCAUUCACCGUGUCAAGCAAAGCCAUCCAGAGUGGUACAGUGCCCUGCUGGAAAUUCUGAACACAGAACAUAAUGUAACGGAUGACACAGUUGGCCCUGUUGUGUACGCUGGACGCAAAAUAAGCAUCCCUGGAGGGAAGGAGAUGGAUUUGAAGUGUAGGAUCAAAGUUGGCCCACAAAGAAAGACUUACACAGCCCUCAUUGAAGGCCACCCUUUCCUGCGUCUCCCCCAAGACCUAUUGGUUGCCAAAGUCCUUACUGAUGUAAAGAAAGGCUGCACCCCUGUUAGGGUGAUGAAUCUGUCUCAACAUGCUAUCACCAUAAAGCCCCAUACACAUUUGGCCAAUGCAGUCGUGGUGGAAAAUGUUGUAGAGUUUCCUGACAAGAGGCCAGGUGAACCUGAUAAGGCUGAGAGUGAAGAGGCCUGUCUGAGUUUGGAUCAAGUUGUGGCAGGUUGUGGGGUGGACCUCAGUGAAGCAGCGGUAGAGAAUGAGCACCAGCGGUCCCUCCUUAAAGAGCUGGUGGAGAAAAAUGGAAGUGUGUUCUCCCAGCAUUCCAUGGACUAUGGCCACACAAAAACCAUAGCGCAUGAAAUUCCCCUUGUCGAUUCUACCCCUUUCCGACUGCCCUACCGCAAGAUUCCCCCCUCACAGUGGCAAGAUGUGAGGAAGUUGUUGAUGGACAUGGAGGCAACAGGGGUCAUCAGGCCUAGUAAGAGCCCAUAUGCUUCGCCAGUAGUGAUUGUAACCAAGAAAGAUGGGUCACUAAGGCUUUGUGUGGACUACAGAAAGCUGAACUCCUACAGCACCAGAGAUGCAUUCCCUCUGCCCAGAAUAGAGGAAGCUCUGGAGGCCCUGGGGCAAGCGAAGUACUUCUCCACCCUUGACCUCACAUCUGGUUACUGGCAGGUGGAGGUGGCGGAGCACGACAAACACAAGACAGCGUUCAGUACUCCUAUGGGGCUGUUUGAGGCAAACAGAAUGCCUUUUGGGCUGCAAAACGCUCCGUCCACCUUCCAGCGACUGAUGACCUGCUGCUUUGGAGAUCUGAACUUCACUCACCUCCUCAUCUACUUAGAUGAUCUGAUCAUAUUCUCAAAAACCUUUGAUGAGCACCUGGAGAGGUUGCAGCUGGUGUUUGAUCGACUCAAGGAGCAUGGCUUGAAGUUGAAACCCUCGAAGUGCCAGCUUGUGAGACAAGAGGUGCAGUAUUUGGGUCACUUGGUGUCCGCAGAGGGGAUCAGGACAGACCCAGAGAAAAUCAGCAGGGUUAAGGGCUGGGUGAGGCCCACAAAUAGGAAAGAAGUGCUCCAAUUCUUGGGCCUAGCCGGGUAUUACAGACGGUACGUGAACGGCUACUCCAUGAUAGCAGCACCUCUAUACCGCCUCACUAGCGGUGACCCCAGAAAGAAGAAGAGGGGGCAUAAGAAGAGCCCGGGUCCUGACCCACCCUUCAUGUGGACUCAUGAGUGUGAGGAGGCCUUUCAGACACUGAAAGAGAAGUUGACAACUGCUCCAGUGCUGGGGUAUCCAGAUUUCAGCCGGCCCUUUCUGCUUCAAACUGAUGCGUCAGGAGAGGGCCUUGGCGCUGUCUUGGUCCAGGUCCAGAGUGGAGUCGAGAGAGUCAUAGCCUACUCCAGCCGUGGCUUGAGUCCAACAGAGACCCGAUAUCCUGCACACAAACUUGAGUUCCUCGCUCUGAAGUGGGCAGUGACAGAUAAGUUAUACGACCAUCUCUAUGGGCGUAGAUUCUCAGUCCAGACAGACAACAACCCUCUCAAGUAUGUGAUGUCCUCAGCUAAGCUGGAUGCUACAGGACAGCGGUGGGUGUCUCGACUGUCGGCGUUCGACUUUGACAUCCAGUAUAGAAGAGGAAAGAGUAACGCAAAUGCUGACGCACUCUCCCGUAUGUCCAACCAGGAGGUCACGCAAGUCUUACACACCUGUCCCCAGCGGGUGAGGGCCAGUAACUUAGGCCAUGAAGAGAACCGGCCCACCCAUGGACAAGAGAGCCAUGGACAGGAGAGCUCCCCGGAUGUGAACAAUACUGCCCCAGAGGAACCUGACAUCCAAGAACCUCUAUCACACAAGCCCAGUGAGCCCUAUAUGGAUGUGGGAACAGAGUCAUUACCUGCCAUGACAAAACAGGAGAUCCGUGCAGCCCAGAAGGAAGAUCCUGCCGUCGGCCCUGUCCUGCACUCUAAAAGCCUGAACCAGAAGCCAAGUCGCAGUGAGAGGAUCAGUGGUGGUGGGCAAGUGUGCCUUCUCUUAAAGGAGUGGAGGAGGUUAGUGAUACGAGACGGUAUCAUGUACCGCCGUGUACGAGAUGGUCAAAGGGAAGUAGUAGAGCAGCUGGUACUGCCAGAACGGCUGCGCGCAUCCGUCAAGACUGCUCUGCAUGAUGACUCAGGGCAUUUAGGAUUUGAGAGGACCUUGCAGAUGAUAAGGGAGAGAUUCUACUGGCCAAGAAUGUUCCAGGAAAUCAAGACUUGGUGUGAACAGUGUCAGAGGUGCUGCCUCAGAAAGACCCCAACUGCAGGCCUCAGGGCUCCCCUGGUCAGUAUUCACACCAGUGCCCCCAUGGAGCUGGUGUGUGUGGACUUUUUGACACUGGAGAAGUCAAAAGGUGGCAUUGAAAAUGUGCUCGUUGUUACCGACCACUUCUCACGAUACGCCCAGGCCUAUCCCACUAAAGACCAGAAGGCCAACACAGUUGCGAAGGUACUGUGGAAAAACUUCUUCUGCCGGUUUGGUUUUUGUGAGAAAUUGUUGGCAGACCAAGGACGCAAUUUUGAAAGUGCUAUCGUGAAGGAACUGUGCAAGUGUACGGGCAUCACUAAGACCCACACCACCCCCUACCACCCACAGGGCAAUGGGGGCACGGAAAGGUUCAACCGGACCCUCAUGGACAUGCUGGGGACACUAGAGCCUCACUUGAAACCCCGCUGGCAUGAGCACUUGGAUGCAAUGACGCAUGCCUACAAUUGCACACGUCACGACUCGACUGGUUAUGCACCAUACUACCUGAUGUUCGGUAGGCACCCCCGGCUCCCAGUCGACCUGGUCUUUGGGCUUCCUUCCACCAAUGAGCAAGGAGGAUAUAGUGAGUACGUCCAAACUCUACAUGACAGUCUGUCCGAAGCCUAUGCCCUGGCUAAUCAGGCUUCCCACCAUGCGAAAGAUCAGCAGAAAAAAUACUAUGACCGAAAAGCAAAGAGUCAAGUCUUCAGUGCAGGGGACCGAGUCCUGGUCAAAAAGUGUCAUGUGGAAGGACGGCAGAAACUGGGAGACAAGUGGGAGUCUCGUCCAUACAUUGUGGUGAAGAAGCAACCCAAUAUACCGGUGUAUGUAGUUCGACCAGAAGAUGGUGAACCAGAGAGAGUGGUCCACCGCAACCUCCUUACACAGUGUAUGUUUCUGCCAGUGGAACAGGCCGGUGAAGUGACGACAAAUGAUGUGGAGUCAGAUGUGGAAGAGGAUCACGAGGGAGCGGAUACAGAGGAAAUGGAGGAGCAAGAUAGAGGAGAGACAGAGGAAGAUAUUGAAGAGGAAUGUGAGAUGGAUGAUACAGGGACAGUAAACGGACAGGUUGAACACACAGGGAUGGAGGAAUUGGAUGUGGAGAAUGGGCAAAUAAGUGAUAAAGAAGAGGAAGCCACACCUCUCAGUUGUGCCGAAGCACCUCCAGAGGCUGUGGCUCCAAGAAGGAACCCGUCGAGAAAUCGACAGCCCCCAAAGAGGCUAUGCCUUGAGUCGCAAGUUCUGAGAUCGGAUGAAGAACAACAGAAGAUAGAGAGAGGCAAGAAGUUGUGGCAAAGGGCCAAAGCAAGAGGACCAGAAGGGCAUGUUUAACACACACACACACACACACACACACACACACACACACACACACACACACACACACACACUCACUCACUUUUGGUUAAAGAGUGGAGUUUUUGCUUUUUGUUUACGUUUGAUCUGAUGGCAGAGACGCCAUCAAAUAAAGAAGGGGUAGAUGUAAGGCAGUAGCCUGGCAAUGUAUAAGACAGUACCUCUUUAUGAGCACUGGAGGUCGCUAUUCUGUUGAUUUUUACCUGUGGGUUCAGCACACCUCACCUUUUUGUCCCUCAGUGGACACCAUAGUCUAGGCGCCAUCUUUGAAAAUGUUCUUCUUUUCCACUGAAAAGGUGAGACCUGUUUUAUGACUGUCUGAACACUUUAUAAGAUAUUAGAGUUAAAAAUGCCCAUCCAGCGAAUUUGUUGCAAUACAGUGUUAGCUAAGGUGUUUACUUACAUUUUGAUGUGUUUUGAAGAAAUGUGCAAUUCCGUUUUUGUACUUAAAUGUUUGAUGUAAGUUGGCCAGUGUGAUUAACAAUUAGUAGAGUCUGAAUUGAAUGGGGUUGUGAAGGAUGGCUUUUUACAUGUUUAUUCUGGUCACUGUGUUUGAACUACUGAUUUGUGAUUUAUUGUUAUUUAGCAUUUGGGCAUAUUGAAUAUGAGAAAGAUUUAUAUAUUUUUGUUGACAUAUGUUAAUGUGUUCUUUUGCAUUGAGACACAUUUGUAAAGGAAAAUGUUCUUCUUUUCCACUGAAAAGCUUAAUGACCAGAGCCAGAGAGGACCACUACUGUGAGCAAAUAAAUGCAACAAGGUCUCAUCCACAAUCCAGAA